UAUGAAUGUAUAACAUACAUUCAAGUGUUUAUAAAUUUCAUAUUUUUUUUACUACUAGCUGAUUACAUUGACGUGUGUAAACGUUACGAUCCAAAUAUAUCAAAAUGUUGGGGAGAUGCAAUCGAAAAACUACGUCCAUACUUAAUAAAAGGAAUACCCGAGUUCAAAAUACCACCAAUCGAACCAUUUUUCAUCGAUUCAUUACAUUUAAAACAAGGAAACUCAGAUACCAUACAAUUUAGCGCCGAUUUAUUCAACUUAACGUUUGAAGGUGGAAAAGAUUUCGAAUUACUCGGAGUUCAGCCGGAUUAUAAACGAAGAACGGGCGCUAUACAAAUUAAUUUUCCCCGUCUUAUAAUGAAAGCAACUUACAAAGCACGGGGAAGAGUGCUUUUAUUUCAAUUCGAUAGUGCUGGUGACGUUGACGGCGAUUUUAAAAAAGUAAGUGUAAAUGGGACGUAUAAAUUGGACUCUUACAUGAAGAAAGGACAACGUUACAUAAGGAUAAUCGAAUCAAAUCAUGAAAUUCGUGCGGAAAACAUGUAUUUGUAUCUGCAUGAUUUGUUUAUAAAUAAUCCGGAAAUAACGAAAAACGUAAACAAAGCAAUUAAUGAUAAUAUAGAUGUUUUAUACAACGACUUUAAACCGUUGUUAUCGGAAACUUUGGGAACUGUAUUAACCGAUUAUACAAAUAGGGCUUAUGCAGAAUAUCCUUAUGAUAUACUUUUACCAAUCGAUUAAUUUUUUUUUAUUGUGUAAUAUAAUUUAAAAUGAAUGAAACAAAAAAUAAAAGUCUGUGUGAUAAGUCUGUUUGAAUUGUGAAAAAAAGUUGUUCGUGUAACAUAUCUUAAAAUAGAACCUUUUAGCUUUAAUUUAUGGAAAUUGUUUGUUACUUUAAUAAAUAAAUUUAAAAUGAUUUUUUUGCAACAACUUCCCAUAUUUAUUGAAUACAUUCAAAUAGAUUUUCUAUAAAGAUUAUUUUUCUCAUAUUUUUGUUUUUCCAACAACUUGUAAUAACAAAAAUUAAGGAAAUUUGUAUCGUCUAUAACUUUAAUGGAACUUAAUAGAGAACAUAAUAUAACAGAACGUAAACAACUUUUGUUUAUAACCUUUUAAACACUGGAAAGAUUAAGGUGUUUCAAGGUUGUUUAUCCAAUUAAACAUAAAAAUGUAAUAAUA